UGACCAUAAGAUGCACCUAGGUUUUAGAGGAGGAAAAUGAGAAAAAUAUUCUGAACCAAUGGACUGCAGACAUAGUAAAGGAAAUGACCAGAGACUGUGGAUGUACUACAGGAGAUGACCAGAGACUGCAGACAUAGUACAAGAGAUGACCAGAGACUGCAGACAGUACAGGGGAUGACCAGAGACUGCGGACAUAGUACAAGAGAUGACCAGAGACUGCGGACAUAGUACAGGGGAUGACCAGAGACUGCGGACACAGUACAGGAGAUCACCAGAGACUGCAGACAGUACAGGGGAUGACCAAGAGACUGCAGACAGUACAGGGGAUGACCAAGAGACUGCAGACAGUACAGGGGAUGACCAAGAGACUGCAGACAGUACAGGGGAUGACCAAGAGACUGCAGACAGUACAGGGGAUGACCAAGAGACUGCAGACAGUACAGGGGAUGACCAAGAGACUGCAGACAGUACAGGGGAUGACCAAGAGACUGCAGACAGUACAGGGGAUGACCAGAACACUGCAGACAGUACA